UCAGGUGUGUGUGCUCUACUUUGCUAAGAGUGCUGAGUUAACUGGAGUGAGGGAGGAGCCUGUCACUGUGCCAACACCAAUCACCAGCCUGAACCUGUGGAGAGUGUUGCUACAGCGACACCCGAGGACCACGUGGUUUUAGCAGUGAGGCAGCAAUACGUUGCCAUUGGUGACCAGACGGUGACGCUGGGUGACGGAGACGAGGUGGCUGUUAUACCUCCGCUCAGUGGAGGAUAAAGAUGGCGUCCGAGCAGCGCGACGUGUUCAGGCUGACCUGUGAUGUUUUAUCGGUGCAGGAGGCUGUGGAUGUCGUCAAUUCCCCUUCAUGUGGUGCUGUCUCAGUGUUUAUUGGAACGACGCGUGAAGACACGCUGCAGGGCCGUAGGGUGGUUGGUCUGGAGUACGAGGCCUACGAGCCCAUGGUCCAGUCAGAGCUGGCGCGACUGAGUGCUGACAUCAGAGCACGCUGGCCGAGCAUCGUGCACAUCUGUGUUCUGCACCGACUAGGCUUGGUGGAUGUGGGCGAGGCCAGUGUUGUCAUAGCGAUUUCAUCUCCUCAUCGCCAUGAUGGCCAGGAAGCAGUACAGCACUGCAUCACACAGCUGAAGGCUAGCGCCCCCAUCUGGAAGAAGGAAGUCUAUGACACAAAGGAGGUGAGCUGGAAGGAAAAUGCAGAGUGCUCAUGGGCAGGGCUAAACAAUGGACCGGCUGCUGUUUGAUGAUGGAACUUCAGCACUGGAUUGAGCUCAAAUGUUUCC